GGAGCCCAGGCCGAGGGCCAGGCCGGGCCGGCAGCCCAGGCGCCUCGCUUCGGAGGAGGCUCGGCGGAGAAGACUGUCCGCCACCCCCGACCGACAACCUAGGAGCCGACAGAAGGACAGCACGCCCUUCUCGCCCCUUUCCUCGCUGCACCGCCUCGCGGGGCCCUCCUGAAGUGCCCCGUACCCCGCCCCGCUCCGGCCUCCGCCACCCGCUGCAGAAGCCGCCGGCGCCGGAUCGGGGAGUACACACCGGAUGGGCCGGCCGUGCGGGGUCGGGCGCCCGGCGAGUGGGCUUCCUAGAGCCUGCUGAGCGGCGGCCGGGAGAGCGGAGAGGGGCGGCCGGGAGUGGAGAGCGCGCCCUCGGGGCGCACAGCGCGGCGGCCCUCGCAGAGGCGAUGCCCGGGCGGCUGGGAGCCGCCGGCCGCAGGAGGCCUUAGGCGGGCAUGGGCUUGGCAGCCCAGUCCUAGCGACCCUCUGCUCCGACUCGCCGGACGGACGCGAUGGCCUCGGAAGUGGUGUGCGGGCUCAUCUUCAGGCUGCUGCUCCCCGUCUGCCUGGCAGUAGCCUGUGCGUUCCGGUACAAUGGGCUCUCCUUCGUCUACCUCAUCUACCUCCUGCUCAUCCCCCUGUUCUCAGAACCAACCAAAGCCACCAUGCAAGGACACACAGGACGGUUGUUAAAGUCUCUGUGCUUCACCAGUUUUUCCUUCCUGUUGCUGCAUAUAAUUUUCCACAUCACGUUGGCAAGUUUGGAGGCACAGCACCGCAUUGCACCUGGUUACAACUGCUCAACCUGGGAAAAGACAUUCCGACAGAUCGGCUUUGAAAGCUUAAAGGGCGCUGAUGCCGGCAACGGGAUCCGAGUGUUUGUGCCUGACGUCGGCAUGUUCAUAGCCAGUCUGACCAUCUGGCUGGUCUGUAGGAACAUCGUUCAGAAACCAGUGACUGAAGAAGCAGCGCAGUAUAAUCUGGAGUUUGAGAAUGAAGAAUCGGCUGGAGGAGAAAAAAUAGACCCAGAAGAGGCACUGAUCUAUGAAGAGGAUUUAGAGGAAAGAGAUGGUGUUGAAGGCGAUUUGGAAGAAAGCACGAAAUUAAAACUCUUCCGCAGGCUGGCCUCUGUGGCUUCCAAGCUUAAGGAAUUCAUUGGCAACAUGAUAACCACCGCGGGGAAGGUUGUUGUGACGAUUUUACUCGGUUCAUCAGGAAUGAUGCUGCCCUCUCUGACCUCGUCCGUGUACUUCUUUGUGUUUUUGGGUCUGUGCACCUGGUGGUCCUGGUGCCGGACCUUCGACCCCUUGCUGUUCAGCUGUCUCUGUGUCCUGCUGGCUAUUUUCACUGCGGGACACUUGAUUGGACUGUAUUUGUACCAGUUCCAGUUCUUCCAAGAAGCAGUCCCUCCCAACGACUACUAUGCCAGGUUGUUUGGUAUCAAAUCAGUCAUUCAAACAGACUGUUCCAGCACGUGGAAGAUCAUAGCAAACCCAGACCUGUCAUGGUACCACCAUGCCAACCCCAUCGUCCUGCUGGUGAUGUACUACACGCUGGCCACUCUAAUCCGAAUCUGGCUACAGGAGCCCCUUGUGCAGGAAGAGAGGACCAAGGAAGAGGACAGAGCCCUGGCCUGCAGCCCGGUCCCCAUCACAGCCGAGAGGAGGCGGAGCCUGUGGUACGCGACCCACUACCCCACGGAUGAGAGAAAACUUUUAUCCAUGACUCAAGAUGACUACAAACCAUCUGAUGGCCUGCUGGUGACUGUGAACGGCAACCCCGUGGAUUACCACACCAUCCACCCGAGCCUUCCCCUGGAGAACGGCCCCGCCAAGGCCGACCUGUACUCCACCCCACAGUACCGCUGGGACCCCGCCGCUGACUCCCUGGAAAAGAAAGAGGGAGAAGAUGAGAAAGAAGAAUUUGAGGAGGAGAAGGCCCAUGAGGAGAAAAGGAGUGUCAAAGUCCAUGCCAUGGUCUCUGUGUUCCAGUUCAUCAUGAAGCAGAGUUACAUCUGUGCCCUUAUCGCUAUGAUGGCAUGGAGCAUCACGUACCACAGCUGGCUGACGUUCGUGCUGCUGAUCUGGUCCUGCACUCUUUGGAUGAUUCGCAACAGAAGGAAAUAUGCCAUGAUCAGCUCUCCAUUCAUGGUUGUCUACGGAAAUCUACUGCUCAUAUUACAGUACAUAUGGAGUUUUGAACUCCCUGAAAUUAAAAAGGUCCCAGGAUUUUUAGAAAAGAAAGAGCCAGGGGAACUUGCCUCAAAGAUCCUUUUCACCAUUACGUUUUGGCUGUUGCUGAGACAGCACCUCACAGAGCAAAAAGCUCUCCAAGAAAAGGAAGCUCUUCUGUCUGAGGUCAAAAUCGGAAGUCAGGAAAAUGAAGAAAAAGAUGAUGAACAGGACAUACAGGUGGAUGGGGAGGCCCAGGAGAAGAAGGAAGAAGAGGAGCCAAAGGAGGAGAAGCAGGAGCAGAAGAAGGAGGAGGAGGAGGAGGACGAGCAGGACAUCAUGAAGGUGCUGGGUAACCUGGUGGUGGCCUUGUUCAUCAAGUACUGGAUCUACGUCUGUGGAGGGAUGUUCUUCUUCGUCAGCUUCGAGGGUAAAAUCGUGAUGUACAAGAUCAUCUACAUGGUGCUCUUCCUGUUCUGUGUGGCCCUGUAUCAGGUGCACUAUGAGUGGUGGAGACGGAUCCUGAAAUAUUUCUGGAUGUCGGUGGUUAUCUACACGAUGCUGGUGCUGAUCUUUAUAUACACAUAUCAGUUUGAAAACUUCCCGGGCCUGUGGCAAAAUAUGACUGGAUUGAAAAAAGAAAAGCUGGAGGACCUUGGCUUAAAACAGUUCACGGUGGCUGAGCUCUUCACGCGCAUAUUCAUCCCCACGUCCUUCUUGCUGGUGUGCAUCCUGCACCUGCACUACUUCCACGACCGCUUCCUGGAACUCACGGACCUGAAGUCCAUUCCCAGCAAGGAAGACAGCGCCAUCUACAGACUGGCCCACCCCGAGGGAAGCCUUCCGGACCUCGCCAUGAUGAAGGCAACCGCCAGCUUGGAGGUGGUGGAAGUCAAGCAGCUGGCAGGACCUGGGGAGGAGAAGCCGGGGGGAUGCCCUGCAAAGGCCAAGAAGGGUGAGCUCGGCAAGGAGAGUGAGGAAGAGGACGAGGAGGAGGAGGAGGAGGACGAGGAGGAGGAAGAGACGUCAGAUCUGAGGAACAAGUGGCACCUGGUGAUUGACCGCCUCACGGUGCUGUUCCUGAAGUUCCUGGAGUGCUUCCACCAGCUGCAGACGUUCCUGUGGUGGAUCCUGGAGCUUCACAUCAUCAAGAUCGUCUCCUCCUACAUCAUCUGGGUGUCCGUGAAAGAGGUGUCUCUGUUCAACUAUGUAUUUUUGAUUUCUUGGGCUUUUGCUCUGCCGUACACCAAGCUCCGCCGCCUGGCUUCAAGCGUCUGCACUGUGUGGACAUGUGUGAUCAUUGUCUGCAAAAUGUUGUACCAGCUGCAGACCAUUAAGCCUGAGAACUUUUCUGUCAACUGUUCCUUGCCAAAUGAAAACCAAACGAAUAUACCCCUGCAGCAGCUGAACAAGUCUCUGCUUUACAGUGCCCCCAUUGACCCAGCAGAGUGGGUCGGCCUGAGGAAGUCCUCUCCUUUGCUUGUCUACCUGAGGAACAACCUCCUGAUGCUGGCCAUUCUGGCCUUUGAGGUCACCAUCUACCGCCAUCAGGAGUAUUAUCGCGGUCGGAACAACCUCACGGCCCCCGUGUCUAAAACCAUCUUUCACGACAUUACAAGACUCCACCUGGAUGAUGGACUUGUCAAUUGUGCCAAGUAUUUCAUCAAUUACUUCUUCUACAAGUUUGGUCUGGAGACCUGUUUCCUCAUGUCAGUUAACGUGAUCGGUCAGCGGAUGGAUUUCUACGCCAUGAUUCACGCCUGCUGGUUGAUUGCCGUCUUGUACCGGCGCCGAAGGAAAGCCAUCGCGGAGAUCUGGCCCAAGUACUGCUGCUUCCUGGCCUGCAUCAUCACCUUCCAGUACUUCAUCUGCAUCGGCAUCCCUCCCGCCCCGUGCCGAGAUUACCCCUGGAGGUUCAAGGGCGCCAGCUUCAACGACAACAUCGUCAAGUGGCUGUACUUCCCAGACUUCAUCGUGCGGCCCAACCCCGUGUUCCUCGUGUAUGACUUCAUGCUGCUUCUGUGCGCCUCCCUACAACGGCAGAUUUUCGAGGACGAAAACAAGGCCGCCGUGCGGAUCAUGGCAGGUGACAACGUGGAGAUCUGCAUGAACCUGGACGCGGCCUCGUUCAGCCAGCACAACCCCGUCCCCGACUUCAUCCACUGCAGAUCGUACCUGGACAUGUCCAAAGUGAUCAUCUUCAGCUACCUCUUCUGGUUCGUGCUCACCAUCAUCUUCAUCACCGGGACGACCAGGAUCAGCAUCUUCUGCAUGGGUUACCUGGUGGCCUGCUUCUACUUCCUGCUCUUUGGGGGCGAUUUGCUGCUGAAGCCCAUCAAGAGCAUCCUGCGGUAUUGGGACUGGCUGAUUGCAUACAACAUCUUUGUGAUCACGAUGAAAAACAUACUGUCGAUAGGAGCAUGCGGCUAUAUUGAAAAAUUGGUUCAAAAUAGUUGCUGGUUGAUCCAAGCUUUCAGCCUGGCCUGCACAGUCAAGGGCUACAAAAUGCCUGAUGAUGAUUCCUCGUGUAAACUACCCAGCGGGGAAGCGGGGAUUAUUUGGGACAGCAUAUGCUUUGCCUUCCUCCUGCUGCAGAGAAGAGUUUUCAUGAGUUACUAUUUCCUGCACGUCGUGGCGGAUAUAAAAGCUUCACAGAUCCUGGCUUCGAGGGGGGCUGAACUUUUCCAGGCCACGAUUGUAAAGGCUGUAAAGGCAAGAAUUGAGGAAGAGAAAAAGUCAAUGGACCAGCUGAAGAGGCAGAUGGAUCGCAUCAAGGCCAGGCAACAGAAAUACAAAAAGGGUAAGGAGAGGAUGCUGAGCUUGACCCAGGAGUCAGGGGAAGGCCAGGACAUCCAAAAACUCUCUGAAGAGGAUGAUGAAAGAGAAGCAGACAAACAGAAAGCCAAGGGCAAAAAAAAGCAGUGGUGGCGGCCUUGGGUUGAUCAUGCUUCCAUGGUCAGGAGUGGAGAUUACUAUUUGUUUGAAACGGACAGUGAAGAGGAGGAAGAGGAAGAAUUAAAAAAGGAAGAUGAAGAGCCUCCACGAAGGUCAGCUUUCCAGUUUGUUUAUCAAGCCUGGAUUACUGACCCUAAAACAGCACUCCGACAGAGGCGCAAAGAGAAAAAAAGAUCUGCAAAAGAAGAACAGAAAAGAAGGAGAAAAGGAUCUGGGGACGUCUUGGCAGGUUCUGUGGAGUGGGAAGACCGGGAGGAUGAACCGAUCAAGAAGAAGUCUGAUGGACCAGAUAAUAUCAUCAAGAGGAUAUUUAAUAUUCUGAAGUUCACCUGGGUCCUGUUUCUGGCGACCGUGGACAGUUUCACAACGUGGCUGAACUCCAUCUCCAGGGAGCACAUCGACAUCUCCACCGUCCUGAGGAUCGAGAGGUGCAUGCUGACCAGAGAGAUUAAAAAGGGCAACGUCCCGACCCGGGAGAGCAUCCACAUGUACUAUCAGAACCACAUCAUGAACCUUUCCAGAGAGUCGGGACUGGACACCAUUGAUGACCGUCCUGGCGCCACCGCAGGUAUACAGACAGCCCACAGGAUGGACAGCUUAGAUUCCCACGACAGCAUCUCCAGUGAGCCCACGCAGUGCACGAUGCUCUACUCGCGCCAGGGGACCACAGAGACCAUAGAGGAGGUGGAGGCCGAGCAGGAUGAGGAGGCGCCUGAGGAGGCCCGGGACACCCAGUCCCCACAAGACCCCACGGAGGACGGCGACGUGGAGGCCCCGCCCUCCUACAGCAAGGCCGUCAGCUUCGAGCACCUGUCUUUUGACUCCCGGGACGACUCGGGGGGCCAGACCCACAUGGCGGUCAGCCCCGACGACAGCCGCUCGGACCGCCUGGAGGCCAGCAUCCUGCCACCCCUGACGCAUGAGCUGACGGCCAGUGAGCUACUGCUGAACAAGAUGUUCCGUGACGAUGAGCUGGAAGAGUCGGAGAAGUUCUAUGUUGGGCAGCCCCGCUUCCUGCUGCUGUUCUACGCCAUGUACAACACGCUGGUGGCCCGCUCAGAGAUGGUGUGCUACUUCGUCAUCAUCCUCAACCACAUGGUCUCCGCCUCCAUGAUCACCCUCGUGCUGCCCAUCCUGAUCUUCCUCUGGGCCAUGCUGUCCGUCCCCCGGCCCAGCAGACGGUUCUGGAUGAUGGCCAUCGUCUACACAGAGGUGGCAAUUGUGGUCAAGUAUUUCUUCCAGUUUGGGUUCUUUCCCUGGAACAAGAGUGUGGAGUUGAACAAAGACAAGCCUUACCACCCACCCAACAUCAUCGGGGUGGAGAAGAAGGAGGGCUACGUUCUCUACGACCUCAUCCAGCUGCUGGCCCUCUUUUUCCACCGGUCCAUCCUGAAGUGCCACGGCCUGUGGGACGAAGAUGACAUCGCCGACGGCGGCUCGGACGAGGUGGGCUCGGACGACGAGCUGUCCCUCGGCCACGGUAGGAGGGGCUCCUCCGACUCCCUGAAGUCCAUCAACCUGGCCGCGUCCGUGGAGUCGGUGCACGUGACCUUCCCGGAGCAGCCGGCCGCCAUCAGGAGGAAGCGCUCCAGCAGCGGCUCCCAGACGUCCCAGGGCUCCAGCUUUUCCUCCAAUAGGUCCAAGAGAGGCAGCACAAGCACCCGAAACAGCAGCCAAAAAGGAGGCAGUGCUGUGAGCAUCAAGCAAAAAAGCAGACGGGAACUUUAUGUGGAGAAGCUUCAAGAACACUUAAUCAAGGCAAAAGCCUUUACUAUAAAGAAGACCCUGCAGCUCUACGUGCCCAUCAGACAGUUCUUCUACAACCUCAUCCACCCCGACUACAGCGCCGUGACCGACGUGUACGUGCUCAUGUUCCUGGCAGACACCGUCGACUUCGUCAUCAUCGUCUUCGGCUUCUGGGCCUUUGGGAAACAUUCAGCCGCGGCCGACAUCACCUCCUCGCUGUCGGAGGACCAGGUCCCGGGGCCCUUCCUGGUGAUGGUCCUCAUUCAGUUUGGGACCAUGGUGGUGGACCGGGCACUGUACCUCAGGAAGACGGUCCUGGGGAAGGUCAUCUUCCAGGUCAUCCUGGUGUUUGGAAUUCACUUCUGGAUGUUCUUCAUCUUGCCUGGUGUGACUGAGAGGAAAUUCAGCCAGAACCUGGUCGCCCAGCUUUGGUACUUCGUGAAAUGCGUGUAUUUCGGGUUGUCCGCCUACCAGAUCCGCUGCGGCUACCCGACGCGGGUCCUCGGAAACUUCCUCACCAAGAGCUACAACUACGUCAAUCUCUUCUUGUUUCAAGGGUUCCGCCUCGUCCCUUUUCUGACGGAGCUGAGGGCCGUGAUGGACUGGGUGUGGACGGACACGACCCUGAGCCUGUCCAGCUGGAUCUGUGUGGAGGACAUCUACGCUCACAUAUUCAUCCUCAAGUGUUGGCGGGAGUCGGAAAAAAGGUACCCGCAGCCCCGGGGGCAGAAGAAGAAGAAGGUGGUCAAGUACGGGAUGGGGGGGAUGAUCAUCGUCCUGCUCAUCUGUAUUGUCUGGUUCCCUCUGCUCUUCAUGUCUCUGGUCAAAUCUGUCGCCGGGGUCAUCAACCAGCCCCUGGACGUCUCGGUCACAAUUACCCUGGGCGGGUACCAGCCUAUUUUCACAAUGAGUGCCCAGCAAAGCCAGCUGAAAGUUAUGGACCAGCCAAAGUUUAAUAAAUUUAUUAAAGCUUUUUCUAAGGACACUGGUGCUAUGCAAUUUCUGGAAAAUUAUGAAAAAGAAGACAUAACAGUAGCAGAACUGGAAGGAAACUCAAAUUCUUUGUGGACCAUCAGCCCUCCCAGUAAGCAGAAAAUGAUACACGAGCUCAUGGAUCCCAAUAGUAGCUUCUCUGUUGUUUUUUCAUGGAGUGUGCAGAGAAACAUGAGUCUGGGUGCAAAAGCAGAAAUAGCAACAGAUAAGCUUUCUUUUCCUCUUAAAAAUACGACACGAGAGCACAUUGCUAAAAUGAUAGCUGGCAACAACACAGAAAGUUCCAAAACGCCAGUGACCAUAGAAAGGAUUUACCCAUACUACGUGAAAGCACCCAGUGACUCUAACUCCAAACCCAUAAAGCAACUUCUAUCUGAAACUAAUUUCAUGAACAUAACCAUCAUUUUGUCCAGAGACAAUACAACUAAAUCCAACAGUGAGUGGUGGGUUCUCAACUUGACUGGGAAUAGAAUCUACAACCAGCAUGUGCAGGCCCUGGAGCUGGUGGUCUUCAAUGACAAGGUCAGCCCCCCAAGCCUGGGGUUCCUGGCCGGCUACGGUAUCAUGGGCCUCUACGCUUCGGUGGUCCUGGUGAUUGGGAAGUUUGUCCGAGAAUUCUUCAGUGGGAUUUCUCACUCCAUCAUGUUUGAAGAGCUUCCAAAUGUGGAUCGGAUUUUGAAGUUGUGCACAGAUAUUUUUUUAGUUCGAGAGACCGGGGAGCUGGAAUUGGAGGAGGACCUCUAUGCCAAAUUAAUAUUCCUGUACCGUUCGCCAGAAACCAUGAUCAAAUGGACCAGGGAGAAAACAAACUGACGCCCCAGGCCACAGACCACAAGCCAAGUUCACAUUGGAAUUUUCCAAAGAAAACAAGAAAAGCACAAUACUCUCCUAAGAGCUAAGCAUUUCUAAUUCGGUGGAAACGGUCUCUCUUCUGACUGGUGCAGAAGGAGUGGGCUUCCUUUUGCCCUCAGAGCUCCGAGCAAAGGCACUCUCGAAAAGUCCUUUGUAAUUCCAUUCCUCUGAAAUCAGGGCUACUCGCUUUAUGUUUUAGUCCCCGGUGUCUUGCAGUCUGAUCGACUAUGUGGAGGAGUCAUUGAUGGGUCUCGUCCCUCAGAGAAACAGAACAGGAGGAGGAGAAGGAAGGAAAGGCCUUCUCCUGUGAGGGACGGUGCCCUCCGAAGAGACGCUACAAUGCAACGCAAUGCACGGGGCUCUGCGGCCAAGGGGACGCUGCUGUGAGGAGGACGGGGGGCCCUGCACCCCGAAUAUGCAACAGAACGGGGGCUGAAAACUCCUACACAUACGUCCAGGGGGGAAAGAGGGAGGGGGCCGGUGACCCAUGGCGAUGCCAGUGGAAGGAUAAGCCUCAUUCUAAGCAAAAAGAAAACAUUAGUGACACUUACUGCCUUACCUUAACUGAAGACUAAUGAGAAAUCUUUCCAUUAAACACCAGUGACCUCUCAGGAAAAAAAAGCAGCAAAACAAAUACGUGGACAUGGUGUUGCUGAGGCCCAGGUGGUGACUCACUCCGACCUGGUGGUUUUCUGGUUCAGAGAGUUACUGCUCCCCGUGAAACACCGACGCCCAGCUGGAGGCGGGGUCCUUGGACGUUGUCACCUUUACUGACUGAGGUCUGAGCUCUCCUCUGCCCCACCCCCGACGCUUCCUCCCAUUUCCAUGAUUCACGGCCGUGGUUUUUCCAGUAUGUGACAUUUUUUUUCCCUGUUUUUCAGGUCUAUCAACGAGUUUACAUAUUCCAAUUCACAUUUUUACAUCUGAGACGGGUUUUUUUAAGUUCAAAAUUAUGGAAGAAAUAUGUAUAUUGAGCUUGGGGAAAUAAACAAAUGGCCUUUUCUUAAAUUAUUAUUAUGGGUCAUACAACCUCUUCAUGAAAUAACAAUGUAGCAUGAAAAGCUGAUGAUUGAAAUGUAGUUUUCAUUCCAUAUUAAAAGACAGUUUCUGAGAAGAAUCAUCGAAUGGACUAGACUAUGUCCCCCCAAAAAAUGAUCCUCUGUAGUUUGGGUUCAGGACUGACAAAAUAAAGCACAUCCUGCAAAGUCACUCUAAGAAUACUCUUCAUUCUGCCUUACUGCAUGAACUAGGAAAAGCGACUUCUCUGUACUGUGUACCGGGAGCUAAAAAAAUCAACUAAGAAUCCACUUCUUGUUGGUUGCAUUGUGGGUUUUCUCAUGUGGGUGCUCUAUGGGAAUAAUAAAAGCAGGAAACAACUGGUGAGAAAUUAACUUCCCAGAAGGAAACCAUUACAGUGAAUAUGGAUCCUUUAAAACAGAGAGUUCAACUGAUGCCCUGUGUCUUCUAGGGAAUCAGUGCGAACCUGUGCUUCAGCCGUGAAAGCCGCGUGCCUCCCCCCUGCUUAGAGAAAUGCUUGUCGUCGUAGCAAUAAACUCAGAGCACUCAGGGAGCUUUUCAGCCCACACUUGAUUUCCCGACAGCAGGAAGCGUCUUCCUGCACGUUCCUGGUUGUGAAUUCUUUCUUUUAAAAAUGUCAGCAGGGGACCCUGAGAGAGAGCACAUUACAGCAUAUUUAGGAAGAAAAGGAAUAGGAAUCCUUCUAACAGGCGUAGAGGUAAAGGAUGCCAGGAUGGUAAACAGGUCCCAUGGUUCAAGAAAAAGCCUCAGGUGUGGAGGAGGGAGGGCACAGAACAACACAGAGAGAUGCAGAAGGACCAGUCCUGCCGAGGCCUGUGCUGGAGUGGGGACUCCCCAGAGAAGGAGGUGCCUCUGCUGGGACCCCCGGCCAGCCUGUCACAACCCUGUUCAGCCCAAUUAUCUGACAACGUGAAGGGAUCAGCAAGCUGUAACCGGCUUAAUCCUCACCCUCAAAUGAGCGCCAGACCCGGCCCAGAGAUGAGGGACUCAUGUCCCCUUAGAAUAUGUUCUCUGGAGAUAGCUCUGAGAGGGACCGUCCCCAAGGACCUGGGGGGGGUGGGGUCUGAGCAGCGAGGAGGGAGGACCAGGCAGAGGGACAUGGGGCUUCACCCAGCCCCAGGGGUGCUGGCGAGCUGGGGCCACCCUUCCAGCUCCUGAGCAAAGGCCCAGCAUCUGGAUGCUUUAUGCAUAAUUGCCAAAAUCUUGGAAGCAACAAAGAUGUCCUCCGGUAGGUGAAUGGAUAAAUAAAUAAAACUGUGUUAGA